AGCUGACUGCUGACUGCCCUCCCCUGGCCAUGGACACCUUUGGCUACUCUCCACCGGGGCCCACCACCUCGGAACCCGGGAACACCUCCUCAGCCUGGCCCCUGAAUGCCGUCACAGGGAACAGGUCUGGGGGCCCAAGCCCAGCAGGGCUGGCCGUCAGUGGCAUUCUGAUCCCCUUGGUCUACCUGGUGGUGUGUGUGGUGGGGCUCCUGGGUAACUCGCUGGUCAUCUAUGUGGUCCUGCGGCACACGGCCAGCCCAUCGGUCACCAAUGUCUACAUCCUCAACCUGGCACUGGCUGAUGAGCUCUUCAUGCUAGGGCUGCCCUUCCUGGCUGCCCAGAACGCCCUGUCCUACUGGCCCUUCGGCUCCCUUAUGUGCCGCCUGGUCAUGGCCGUGGACGGCAUCAAUCAGUUCACCAGCAUCUUCUGUCUCACCGUCAUGAGUGUGGACCGCUACCUGGCGGUGGUGCACCCCACCCGCUCGGCCCGCUGGCGCACGGCCCCCGUGGCCCGCACGGUCAGCGCGGCCGUCUGGGUGGCCUCCGCCGUGGUGGUGCUGCCCGUGGUGGUCUUCUCGGGCGUGCCCCGUGGCAUGAGCACCUGCCACAUGCAGUGGCCCGAGCCGGCGGCAGCCUGGCGGGCCGGCUUCAUCAUCUACACGGCCGCCCUGGGCUUCUUCGGACCGCUGCUCGUCAUCUGCCUCUGCUACCUGCUCAUCCUGGUGAAGGUGCGCUCGGCCGGCCGGCGGGUGUGGGCGCCUUCGUGUGAGCGGCGGCGCUCCGAGCGCAGGGUCACGCGCAUGGUCGUGGCCGUGGUGGUGCUUUUUGUCCUCUGCUGGAUGCCCUUCUACGUGCUCAACAUCGUCAACGUGGUGUGCCCGCUGCCGGAGGAGCCCGCGUUCUUCGGUCUCUACUUCCUCGUGGUGGCGCUGCCCUACGCCAACAGCUGUGCUAACCCCAUCCUGUACGGCUUCCUCUCCUACCGCUUCAAGCAGGGCUUCCGCAGGGUCCUGCUGCGGCCCUCCCGCCGCGUGCGCAGCCAGGAGCCCGAGGCAGGACCCCCGGAGAAGACGGAGGAGGGGGACGGGGAGGAGGACGGAGACGAGGGCGGGGGGGAGGGGGCAGAGAAGCAGGGGGAGGGGAAGGAGGUGAAUGGCCCUGUCAGCCAGAUCACCCAGCCUGGCACGAGCGCGCAGGACCCGCCACCCAGCGGCGCCGGCGGUAAGGAACAGCAGCUUCUGCCCCAAGAACCCUCUCUUGGGGAGAAAUCCAGCGGGCUGCGCAUCAGCUAUCUGUAGGG